AUGGCCAUGAAGGCAGCUGGGCCUUCCGAGUUACUUGACAGUGAGUCAGAAAAGGUGGAUCUAGAAUGUUCCAUCUGCUGCCAUGAUUACGACUGGACCGACAAGUGUCCCCGGGAGUUGGAAUGCCUCCACACUUUCUGUACUGAGUGCCUCACCAAAAUGGAGGGGCAACUUCCCAAUGCGGGCCGCCAUAUCCCUUGCCCUCUCUGCAGGCACUCCACCGAGCUCACGGCUUCAGGGACCCUGGGCCUACCCCGCCAGGAGGAGAUUCUCUCCGAGAUUCUCUCCCUGCGGCCAGGAGAGCAGGGCGGCUCCUCGGCUACCCUGAGCCAGCAGCUGAUCCUCACCCUGGACUCGGGAGAGACCACCGUCAUCAUGCUGCCCACGGUCAGCCUGAGCGUGGAGCGGGGGGAUGGGCAGCGGGCUUCCAGGGCCUGGAACCUCCGAGAGCAUUCGCUCGUCCGCCAGAACCAGAAACAGCAGGCUGCGGUGUGCCUGAGGAAGGCCUCCUGGAGGGUGGUCACUCUCCUGAUCCUGUUCUGCAUUGCUGCUUUCGUUCUUGGCCCACGACUCUUUUAG